CUCUCCAUAUAUAUCAAACCACAAGUCAAAACGUGCCAAACCCUGAAAAAUUCUCCCCAAAGCCGCUUCUCUCUUCCUUCCUCCUCAUAUAUACAUUAGUUUUUCUCUCACCACCACCAAUCAUCAUCGACCAGCCACUUAAAAUUCAUUCAUUCAUUCAGAGAGAGAGAGAGAGAGAGAGAGAGAGAGCGAGAGCAUGAGUAAGAGAAUAGUGGAGGAGGCUCUGGCCAGCCUCGGCAGAGGGUUCGACUUGACCUCUGAUUUCAGGCUCAGGUUCUGCAAAGGCGAGGAGAGGUUAGUCCAGCUCAAUGAAACGGAGAAGAGGACGUUGGUGAUCCCCGGCUUCGGACCCGUGAACAACGUCCCCGCCGACAUAAGAUGCGACAAGGGCGAACGGAGCCGGUACCAAUCCGACAUCCUCGAAUUCAGCAAGAUGUCGGAAUUCUUCAACCAGAAAUCGGCGGUGCCGGGGAAGAUCCCGUCGGGGCUGUUCAACUCGAUGUUCGGGUUCCAGAGCAACUGCUGGGCGAACGACGCGGCGCAGAUCAAGUACUUGGGCCUCGACGGCUACUUCAUCGUGCUGUUCAACCUCCACAUUGACCGGUACCCGCUCGUCCUCGCCGACGAGGUCUGCAAGGCGGUUCCUUCCACUUGGGAUCCCUCGGCUCUUGCAAGGUUUAUAGAGAGAUAUGGGACCCACGUGAUAGUGGGGCUAGGGGUGGGAGGGCAGGACGUGGUGGUGGUGAGGCAAGACAGAUCGUCCAACCUGGGGCCGUCGGAACUGAAGAGGCACCUGGACGACCUGGGCGAUCAGCUCUUCACGGGGGCUUGCACCUUCUCUCCUCUCCACUACAAGACCAAGGAGUCUAAACACCACAAGGCGCCGCAGGCAUUCAAUCUGUUCGAUCCGCAGAUGAUCGCCUUCGACGGCCUGCCGACCAUCAGCUCCAAAGAUGGAAUCACAGUGAUUAGCUCGAAGAGAGGAGGGGAUGCGAUGGCCGGGAGUCACUGUGAAUGGCUCUUGACCGUGCCGUCGAUGCCGGACGCCAUCCACUUCAACUUCAUCCCCAUUACUUCUCUUCUCAAAGGCGUUCCCGGCUGCGGCUUCCUGUCCCAUGCCAUCAACCUCUACCUCCGCUACAAGCCUCCACUACGUGAUCUGCAGUCCUUCCUUGAGUUCCAAACCCACAAGCUUUGGGCUCCCAUUCACAACGACCAGCCUCUUGGUCCAACCACCAAUAGAGCCACCUCAUCACCUUCCCUCAGCUUCAGCUUGAUGGGACCAAAGCUGUAUGUCAACACUUCCCAGGUUGUUGUAGGGAAGAGACCGGUCACGGGGAUGCGGUUCUUCCUGGAGGGGAUGAAAUGCAACAAGCUAGCCAUUCACCUCCAACACCUCUCCAACACUCCAUCCAUGCUAGAGAGUUUGGUAGGUGACACGCCGAUAUGGCAAGGAUCGGACGACGCCGCCGCUGCCGCCGGCGACGCCUACAUCGAAGGCAUCCAAGGGAAGAAGUUCUCUCACAUAUGUGUUGCCCCGAUUGAAUAUUUACUGACCGCUGGGAAGGACGUCGCCUACAUCGUGACGGGCGCCCAACUUCACAUGAAGAAGCAUGACUCGAAAAACGUUCUCCAUCUCCGGCUCCGUUUCUCCAAGGUCUCCGACUCGUAUUUAGCGCAAUCUACCUGGGACAGAGGGUCCGAGCACUCCCAAAAGUCAGGGUUGCUUUCAGCGAUAAGCACGUCUCUUGGAGGAAAUAACGCCGCCAAAGAGAAAAAGCUGGCAAUACAUAUGGACUCCAGCGUGUACCCGACGGGGCCACCUGUGCCAGUGCAAUCGCAGAAGCUUUUGAAAUUCGUGGAUACAUCACAACAUUGCAAGGGGCCUCAAGAUUGCCCGGGGCAUUGGCUAGUGACCGGAGCUAAGUUGGAUUUGGAGAAGGGGAAGAUUUGCGUGCACGUCAAGUUCUCUUUGUUGCACCUAAUAACUUGAAUUUGAAGAACAGCAAAAGGAUAAAGAUUUGAAGUUUUAUGAGUCUAUUAAAAAAAUAUACAAAAGGAGAAGAGAAAAGGAGCUCUCUCCAUGGAGUUGUUGAAGCUUCUUUGAUGCCGCAAUGACCACGUUCAAAGUGGAAUGAGAUGGUCAAUGCAGUCAUCAAUCAUGCCAUGUUCGCCAUGAAGGGAAUGCUUCAGAAUAGGGCGAGACGAUACGAGAUGGAUAAUGUAAAUGUGAAAUACGCGAUUCAUAUUUCUUUCAUUUGUUUCUGCCUUAGUUGAUGAUGAAGAUAUUAUUUUGUAUAUAUGAACAGAACUAGUUAGUCUUUUUUUUCCCAUUUUUGGGCCAAAGCAUAGUUUUCAUUACUAAA